CUCAGGGCGUGAUGCAGAGUCUCUUUUAUUGAAGUGACACUGCUGUUCUGGGAGUCCGAGCUACAAAGUAGCUUUGACAAGUAUCGAGCAUGGCAGAACAGGCAUUUGUCACUCUGGCCACAAACGAUAGCUAUGCGAGAGGAGCUAUGGUGCUUGGAAAAUCUCUUAGGAACCACAAGACUUCAAAAAAGCUGGUGGUGCUCAUUGGGCCACAUGUGUCCGAUCAGUCAAGGGCAGUGCUUCAUGAGAUCUUCGAUGAAGUCAGGCUAGUGGAUGUGUUGGACAGUGGGGACACAGCACACUUGGCCAUGAUGAAGAGACCUGAUCUGGGUGUCACUUUCACCAAGCUGCACUGCUGGACUCUCACACACUACUCCAAGUGUGUGUUUAUGGACGCAGACACACUGGUGGUAUCAAACAUCGAUGAGCUGUUUGACAGAGAGGAGCUGUCUGCGGCUCCAGACCCCGGCUGGCCUGAUUGUUUUAACUCUGGUGUGUUCGUGUUUCGCCCGUCCAACGAAACCUACGGCAAACUUCUGCAGCACUGCACGGAGCAUGGCAGCUUUGACGGAGGAGACCAAGGAGUUCUGAACGGCUUCUUCAGUGACUGGGCAACAGCCGACAUCAACAAACACCUUCCUUUCAUCUAUAACAUGAGCAGCAUAGCCAUCUACACGUACCUUCCUGCGUUUAAACAAUACGGUGCAAAUGCAAAGGUUGUGCACUUUCUGGGCCAGAUGAAGCCGUGGAGCUACGUGUAUAACCCCACGCAGAGGAGACUGAGAGGAGACACGCAGGCCUCGUCUCAGCCUGGCUUCCUGCUGCAGUGGUGGGCUCUGUACAGCGCCGAGGUGCUGCCCAUGCUGAUCCGAGAGUAUGGAGACCAGCCCUUCAACUCCGGCUGUGAGGAGGACGCUGCGGAGAGUGAGGAGCGCGUUCAGCCGCUCAUGUCCUCAGCGGAGCGCAAGCAGCGAUGGGAGCAGGGCCAGGCCGACUACAUGGGAAUAGACUCUUUUGACAACAUUCAGAAAAAACUUGACGUUUUCCUGAAAUAAAAAGUCAAACACAGAAAUUUUAGAGGGUUUUCAGCUAUGCAAGACGGUCACACUGUGGCCCGCUAACACGUCACACUCUCUGUCUUCUUCAUUCAAGCAUGUGAUGCUAACUGUGUCUUUGAACCUCAUGCAGAAUGUGAAUUCUGGCAGUGCAUGGCCAUUUUAAUAGAUAACGCCAGCUUUCUCUAUCACUUGCUCAAAGUUCCCAUGUUUGAGACGCACUUUCAGUCUUAUUUCUGGACUUACACUGACACCUAGAGGUUUGAUUCCUGAACAUACAAAUGCUGGAUUUACAGUGAUAAAUAUGUACAAUUUACAUACAAAAGUACAGUACUGAGUAACCCAGCUACUACUGUUAGUAUUGAGGAUAAAUAAAGUCAAAUAUUCUUACUUUUUCUUCGCCUGCUGCUGAUAGUGUUUUAAAGGCUCUGUGCUCUUGAAUGUCGGUCUGGUUGAUCUUCUGUUCACAGGCUCGAUGGUGUGUUUGUCUUCUCACUGUGUCACAUAUCUUCAUUUUUAUAUCUUUGCGUUUUUCUUUUGUCUUUUUGUAUCUCUGUUUUCUUUUAUUCCGUGUUACAGGGCCCUCUGGCUACAAAAUAAAACUUUCAAAAUGA